CUCCUGUCAACCCUGCCUUACCUACACACCAAAACUUCAUCCUUUGACCACAUCCGCAGCCUCAGACCGACGCUCAUCCACGCUGCAUGAGUCGACCCAAGGCUUCAUCCGCAGGCUUUCAAAGCUAACUUCCAUCGUUUCCUCUCGCCCGUCCUUCACUCGUUGUCGCUCCAGCCAUGGAUGCCACCACUCCCACCGAAUACCCCGCCGAUUCGGCAUACAGCCCUCACAUCGUCAAUGACCAAGACCAGCCCCCAGAAGACACUACCGCGAUCCAGAGCGGCCAUCAAUCCCAGACUUCCACUGUUACCGCAACCCCGCCGAUGGACAGUGACUCCAAUCAGAGAUAUAACUCUCCCAGCCUUUACCAACAGCCGACGUCAAGACCUGGUUCUGGAAUGGGCGGACAUCAACAAACACAGUAUCAAGAGAACCGACAGCCACAGCCGUCCAGCAAAUCCAGUGUCGUUAUCAAAGUUGGAAUGGUCGGAGAUGCUCAGAUAGGGAAGACAAGUCUGAUGGUCAAAUACGUCGAGGGUAGUUGGGAUGAAGACUACAUACAAACAUUGGGCGUGAAUUUCAUGGAAAAGACCAUCUCGAUACGCAACACAGAAAUCACCUUUUCGAUUUGGGACCUCGGUGGCCAACGAGAGUUUGUCAACAUGCUCCCCCUUGUCUGCAACGACGCCGUCGCCAUCCUCUUCAUGUUCGACUUGACGCGGAAAUCAACGCUCAAUAGCAUAAAAGAGUGGUACAGACAGGGUAGAGGCUUUAACAAGACUGCCAUCCCUUUCUUGAUCGGUACAAAGUACGACCAUUUUGUUAAUUUCCCAAGGGAGGAUCAAGAGGAGAUCAGCAAUCAGGCCCGAAGAUUCGCAAAAGCUAUGCGCGCCAGUCUCAUCUUCAGCAGCACCAGCCACAGCAUCAAUGUCCAAAAGAUCUUCAAAAUAGUGCUCUCCAAAGCUUUCGAUCUGAAAUGCACAAUUCCGGAGAUUGAAAACGUGGGCGAACCGCUGCUACUGUAUCAGUCGGUCAACUGAUGUGGGCGUUCCUCCAUUGUACUUCACUCCCGGAGCGACGCAAAGCGCCCCUGUAGCAGCAACCCGAGCUUUAUUCUCUUGAGAUGUACUAGACGACUUUGAUACGGACGAAUGAUUCUCGACUGUGCAAUGCGAAAUGGGAUCUAUUCAUGAGAAGAAUUGAACACGUCCACAAAAGCCAACUCCACGCCACACCUACCCUCGAAACAUCUUGGGCCAAUGUCAGCACCUCAUCGGACACCAACUCGAUGAGGCUGCCCGGCUCUCAACCUGUAUUCUGUCUGUUCCCGCCCGAUUGUCGGGCAUAUUGUCGAAAUCUCUUCUUGGCUCCAGCAGUGGCGUUGAUGGAAGUAGCUAUCAUGUUCAUGUCUUGCGACCAGAGCUCCUUGCAGGAGUCCCCUUUCUGCCUUUCUCUACGGUGUAGGAAUAAGCAGAGUGGAAUGUGGGCUAUAUUCUUGGUCGGUAGAAUUCACUUAGGGGAGAGAUGCAUGAGGGACCCUGAGCGAGGGAAUAACGCGUAUUUCUUUAAGCGAUGAGGAUGUUCAAAGAGUAUUAGUUUAGUCCAGAGACCACUCGCGUGGUCAAAACCGGUCAAUGACCCCAGAAUGAAUCUGAAUGAGCAAAAUGCC